AUGAAUGUACAAACUGUUGUUGCACGGUCAUUUGGCUAUGUGGACCCUAACUUCGCCAAUCCCGGAGGACCGAACGAUACUAGCAUCAUCAUAUACGGGUACACACCAUCCAUCGUCAUCGCGGCUUUCGCCGCAGCAUGGUUCUUUUUUCACUUGAUAACCCACACAGCGCAAAAUUGGAAGUAUCGCAGCUGGUGGUGGAUGACUUUUUCGACUGGCUUGGUCUUUGAAAUCAUAGGCUACAUUGCAAGGAGCUUAUCAGCCAAGAGGGACCCGUACAACCUCAUCUACUUCGUCCUUAACUAUUUCUUCGUCGUCACUGCACCGGUUUUUCUCGCUGCUGGAAUUUACACCGUCCUUUCAGCCCUUAUUUCCAGACUGGGAAAUGAGUACUCAUUUCUCCGGCCAACGGUCAUCCUGGGAUUUUUCAUUACUUCGGAUGCAAUUUCAACCAUCGUGCAAAUUGCGGGCGCCACCCUCGUGGGCGUAAAGGAGUCUCGACGUCAAGAUCCCACAACUGCGAACAACAUCCUUCUAGCAGGUCUUGCCUACCAAGUAUUCGCUAUGAGCAUUUUUGUCCUGCUGAUGGCAACCUUCCAACUUCGAGCUCGACACGCAAUUAAGGAACAUGGCCUUCAAGUCUUUUGUCUGUCUUUCUCGGUCUCGACCCUCAUGGUCUACAUGCGUACAAUCUUCCGUCUCACCGAGACAGCAGAGGGUCUGGGAGGGAAGCUGUCAACUCAUGAGGUGUAUUUUGCCUGCCUCGAAUUUGCGCCCAUCGCGCUUGUGGCUCUUCUUUUUUGUAUCUGGCAUCCCGGUCGCUGCCUCGGAGCCAAGUUGCGUGUUCACAACGAGAAGCUGCCAGUUAGAAACAACCCUGGCACCCCUGCUGGUCAUUUCUACUCUUAA